CGACUCACGACUCGCGCGACCUGCUGAGCCUGAAGUUGGUUGCUCCCGCAUCCACGACGUAGCCCGCGCCCGCCUCUCCUCGUCUUCCUUUCGUCCGUCUCCUCACUCACAAGUUCCGUCUCGACUUCACAUCCUCACGCUCACGGACUGUACGCAUACAAUGAAGAUUGCUUUUGCGAGAUGCCACUCAUCGGUGUUGCCGGUACUCGUCAGGCCGGGCAUGCCUGUCUUGACCCGAGCACCCUCUAGACCUUGUCCGAUCAGUCUUCAGCCAUUCUCUUCCUCAUCCGUCUUUCGGAAGGCAUCUUCGUGGGGCAAUGAUUCUGGCGCGCUCAAGCCUAGCCCUGUUCGACGAGAGCCCGACAACGCCACAAGUGCCCAGUCCAACACCUCGCCCAGUUCCGCACCCUUUCUCUCGUCUACUCUUUCCGCAUCUCCCGCUCCUUCUGCGUCCAGCUCUCUUCAAAUCCCUUCAGUGUCCUUUGCUUCCAAUCAAACAAGCGUCACAUGGUCUUCCGGCGUCACUUCUCGUUUCCAUCAUCUGUGGCUACGGGACCACUGCAGGUGUGCAACGUGCUACCAUCCCAAGACCAAGCAGAGGUUGUUGGACACCUUUGCCAUUCCUCAAGACGUGACGCCAUCAUUCGUCGAAAGCACCAUGGAAGGCUUGCUGGUCACUUGGCCCGGUCUGGGUGGCCCUGUCUCGAGUGGGGCGCCGUCACAGGGAGCCGACACGACUCACGAGCAUGGUGCUUCAGAUGGGAGUGUGCCCAGCACCACGACCGAGACGGCAUCCACGGGAAUCGAGCAUCAAUCUCUUUACCCUUGGUCCUGGCUUCGUGCCAACUCCUACGCUCCGGUGCUAAGCUCCAACAUGUCCUCUUUGGAUGGGGCUGGGGAUCUGCAGUCCGACGACCUUGGCAUGGAGAGGCGAGGCAAGGUGUUGUGGGGAAGGGGAAUAGCAUCUAAUCCACCCACUGUUCAGCAUCAAGAGCUGGCUAGCGAGAGAGGUGUAGCAAAGUGGCUUAGCAAGCUGGAUGCAUACGGCUUCUGCUUCAUCGCCGGCGUGCCAGUGACCCCCGAAGCUACUCAAGAGCUGAUCGAAAAGAUUGCAUUCAUCCGCCCGACGCACUAUGGCGGUUUUUGGGACUUCACCUCUAAUUUGGCCCACGGAGACACCGCAUACACCUCCAUCGCGUUGGGGGCGCACACCGAUACGACCUACUUUACGGACCCGUGCGGUCUGCAGCUCUUCCACCUACUGGAGCACUCAGCAAGCGAGGAUGGCACUCCAGCAAAAGGGGGAGAAAGUCUGUUGGUGGAUGGCUUUCUGGCUGCCAAGGUGCUCAGGGAUGUUCACCCCGAAGCUUACAGGAUCUUGAGCGAGACGAGAAUAUCUACCCACUCGGCUGGCGAUGAGGACACUUUCAUUCGACCUAUGCACCCUAGAGGCUAUCCUAUCUUGGAACAUGACGACCGGACGGGCGAGCUGCUAUUGGUGCGACAGAAUAACGAUGAUCGAUCGACACUCAAAUUGAGGGAAGAAGAGGUCAUGCCCUUCUAUGACGCUCUGCGAAAAUGGAACGAAAUUCUCACCUCGACGGACGGCGAGUACUGGCAACAGCUGGUACCUGGCACGGCGCUUUCACUCCUGAUUUGCUGGAUAUCAGCCAUAGCCAACCAGCGCGUGCUGCAUGGCCGAUCAGCUUUCACAGGCAAGCGAAGAAUGUGCGGAGCUUACUUGGCGCAGGACGAUGUGAGAAGCAGGACGGAUGUGCUGCUGAGGAGAUAUCCGGAUGUGGUCCACGACGGACCACGCGUGCCAUUCGCGCCGUCUGGAGGCGCGCAGGGGGGGAGAUUUGCAAGGGGCGUUUGGGAUGAUGGAUUGUAGGUCGCUGUCAGACGAACAGAAAUUCAAGCGGCUACCCUUCGUUCUUGCACCGACUGCGCUAGAGCUGAGCAAGUGGACUUCACCAAGCCUAAGUUCUGAGGUCAUGGUGGUAAGUACUUGACCCUGUCCAAGAAAAUUUUGCUGACGGAGAUCGCUUCGUGAAACGGAUAGCGUGCACCAUGCAAUAUAUGGACAAAGAC